UUUUUCACGAUUUGAACAGAAGCAUUGAAUGGAAGCAUCGAAGAUAGACAAACUUCUUCAGCACUGGAAAGAAGAAGGUUGCCAUGUCGUACACAGCUACGACAACAAGGUUAAGGUUUAGGUAUGCCAUCCCCAAGUUUAGCAUCUUUAUGAGACUCUUUUCUCAUUCCCCACCACAACAUGCAAAACGAAUAUCUGGGUUUGAUGCCAUUGAUGAUGCUGUGGCCUUAUUCACUCGCUUCAUUACUAUGCAUCCUCUUCCAUCUGUUGUAGAAUUUAACAUGAUUUUAGGGUCAAUUGUGAAAAUGAAGCAUUACCCAAUUGCUAUCUCUUUUUCUAAACAAAUGGGGUUAAGAGGAAUCACUCCUUCCCUAGUCACUUUGAGUAUAUUGAUCAAUUGUUAUUGCCACUUGGGUCACAUGGGUUUUGCUUUUUCUGUGUUUGGCAUGGUUCUGAAGAAGGGUUUUCAACCCAAUACUAUAACCCUGACCACGCUCAUUAAAGGGCUUUGUAUCAAUGGUGAGGUUUGGAAAGCAAUGGACUUUCAUGACAGUGUGGCGGCACAAGGGUUUGUGGAUGAAAUUAGUUAUGGGACCUUGAUCAAUGGAGUAUGUAAAAUGGGGCAUACAAGAGAUGCCUUUGUUUUGCUGCAAAAGAUGGAAGGGAAAGUGGUUAAGUGUAAUGUGGUAAUCUACAACAUGAUCAUUGAUGGCUUAUGCAAAGAUGGACUUGUUACAGAGGCACGUGAUUUAUGUUCUGAGAUUGUUGGAUUGGGAAUAGCUCCUGAUAUUUUUACUUACACUUGUUUGAUUCGUGGUUUUUGUAGUUUGGGACAGUGGGGAGAAGUUACUCGGUUGCUUUCUGAAAUGGUUGAUAAAAAUAUCAACCCAAAUGUUUAUACGUACAAUAUAUUAAUUGAUGCAUUGUGUAAAAAAGGAAUGCUCUUAGAAGCUAAAGAUAUGUGUAAUAUGAUGAUUGAAAGAGGUCAGAGACCAGAUGUAGUUACCUUCAACACUUUGAUGAGUGGAUAUUGUUUAUACAAUAAUGUGGAUGAGGCAAGAGAAUUAUUUGAUACAUCUGCUGUGUGGGGUAUUGUGCCUGAUGUAUGGAGUUAUAACAUCUUGAUUGUUGGGCAUUUCAAGAGUAAAAGGAUUGAUGAAGCUUUGAGCCUCUUCAAAAAAAUGCGUUACACAGAUUUGGUUCCUAAUAUCAUAACUUACAGCUCUCUUAUUGAUGGUUUGUGCAAAUCAAGGAGAAUAUCUCAUGCAUGGGAACUUUUUAAUUCAAUUCAUGCUGGUGGUCCAUUCCCUAAUGUUAUCACUUACAAUAUCAUGUUAGAUGCUUUUUGCAAAAUCCAACAUAUUGAUAAGGCAAUUGAAUUAUUUAAUCUAAUGCUUGAAAGGGGAUUGACUCCAAAUGUUUCAAGCUAUAACAUCUUGAUUAAUGGGUAUUGCAAGAGUGAGAGGAUUGAUGAAGCCAUGAACCUUUUUGAAGAAAUGCUUGGCAAAAAUUUGGUUCCUGAUUCUAUAACUUAUAAUUCUCUCAUUGAUGGCUUGUGUAGAUGUGGGAGAAUCUCUCAUGCAUGGCAGCUUUUCAAUGUGAUGCAUAAAAGUGGACCACCUGUUAAUGUUAUAACUUACAAUACCUUGUUAGAUGCUUUUUGCAAAAUACAACACGCUGUCUAG